GAGGCUAUUUAAGAACAUGAAGUUAUAACUAUUAAGCUUAUCUUUGUAAUCAUGGAUGCGACUGACGAUAUUUCAAGUACUUGUGAAAACGACUACGUUCGUAACGCAGAUAAUAAUAGUGUGAUGUGCGGUACUGAAAGAGACUCAAGCUACGAUUGUGAAUCAGAAACCGAAUAUGAUAGUGAAAAUGAAACGAUUGAUAUUUGUGAUAACAGUGAACAGUCAAAUCAUCGUAAUCUGGAAAAUAAACACAUUAAAAACGUAAUAAAUCCUUUACUGAAUGCUGAUAAAUUGUGUUUUUUUGAACAAAGUCGAGUAAUAUUUCCAACGAAGGCAUUUGAUAAUUUAAGAAACCUUCGAAAUGGAAGUGAAGCGUCGAAUAAUAGUGCGAAAGAUUCUGUGAACAGUGUUAUUCAUGGUAAAAGUAAAACGUUUCUCAUAGACAGUAUUUUAGGAAACAAUAAAAGUAACAGUUCUAAACUUAUUAGUAAUAAAACUUUAGACGAUGUUGACAACGUUGAAGAAAGUACGGAUGAACACAAUGUAUCAUCAACAUCGACGUGCCCGGAGCUAAACGCGUUGAAUGACGCAGGGUUGCUAGCGGGACAUGCGUACGCGCAUUGGCUUGCUACGCAUCAACCUUCCGCUGCUCUUUAUGAUGACAAGAAUAAUAGAAGACCACGUAGAGCAGGUCCGGAGAGAAAGCCACGGCAAGCGUACAGUGCUAAACAACUUGAGCGACUGGAAGCAGAGUUUAAGAUUGACAAAUAUCUCAGCGUAUCGAAAAGAAUGGAACUGUCCAAAGCUUUAGGUCUUACAGAGGUACAAAUAAAGACGUGGUUUCAAAAUAGACGGACAAAAUGGAAGAAGCAGUUGACAUCACGAUUGAAAAUAGCUCAACGACAAGGUUUGUUCCCGGGACAAAUCUUUGGACACGCUCCUCCGGCAUACUCUUUACUUAAUCCGUAUGCUUAUACACCGCUUAGCUGCGUUUUCACACCGGUAACUUUGCCUUCUUCACCACCGUAGUUACAUAAUUUAGGAGCCUAAUAAUAGGCAUAUGAACGUAUCUUACAACUUUUACAAAUAAGAAAGUUGAUAUUUGACAGAGCGUUUUAAGGCGAAUAAACACAGAUCGGUUGUACUAAACAUAGUAUUGUUAAUGAUAAACCUAAGAAAUCAUUGGC